GCUGCGGGACGCGGAAGCGGGCGGGCGGCGCUUGGCGGCCCGGCCCCGGAGCUCUGCCCCUCGCCCAGCUGCAGGGCCAAGCCCGGGAGGAGUGCCAUUUGUCCCCCAGCCGGGCCCAACCGGGCCCAGCCGGGGCUGGGGGAAACCUCGUCCCCCGUGCUGGCGGCGGGCGGAGGUAUCUCAGAGGUGAUGAUCUGCUCCCGCUUCCCCUGUGUCUCUGCAGACUCGUCCCCCGCCAUGGUGAACGAGAGGAUUGAUGGCGGCCUGCUGGUGCCGCUGGGCCCCGAGCUGCAGGCCUGCCCGCGGGAGCUGCUGCGGCAGCGGCGAGGCCACGACGGCCAGCCGCAGUACCUGGUCCGGUGGAGCCUCGUCCGCUCGGAGGAGCGAGCGGCGGGCGGCGGCUCCUCCGCGGGGCCCGAUGCCGGGAGCGUGUCGCUGUGGAUGUCCGCGGAGGAGGUGUGCGCCAGCUGCCCGGCGCUGCUGGGCGAGGGGAAGCCGGCGGGGCCGCGGGCCGAGGGGGAGAGGGCGGCCGGCCCGUUCCCCGCGGGCGGCGCGGCGCCGGACGAAGCCUCGCUGCGGGAGAUGGAGGCCGACGUCGGGAGCCUGGUGCGGCGAGCCGGCCGGCAGCUGGGCGGCACCGGGGCCCCCGAGGCCGCCUCCGUGCUCAACACCGUGCACGUGCUGAGCGCCUACGCCGGCAUCGGCUCGCUGGCGGGCGCCUUCAGGGAGACGGGAGCCCUCGACCUGCUGGCGAAGAUGCUGUGCCACAAGGAGAAGCAGAUCUGCCGCAGCGCCGGCAAGAUGCUGAGGGCCCUGGCUUCGCACGACGCAGGAAGCCGGUCUUACAUUCUGCUGUCCCUGAGCCAGCAGGACGGCGCUGAGCAGCGCAUGGACUUUGACAGCCGCUACACCUUCCUGGAGCUGUUUGCUGAGAUGAUGUCCUCUGAAGAGCAUUGCAUGUCCUUUGAGGGCAUCCACCUUCCCCAGAUCCCCGGGAAGCAGCUGUUCACCCUGGUGAAGCGCUACCUGCGCGUCACUUCCCUCCUGGACGAGCUCGGCAGCGGCGAGGAGCAGGGCGGGGAGCAGCCGGAGAGCAGCCGCGUGAAGCAGGAGUUUGAGUUCAGCAUGGCGAUGGCCGGCCUCAUCGUGGAGCUGCUGCGUGCCAUGGGCUGGGAGCACAGCCACGAGCCAGAGCCGCCGGCCCGACAGGAGGCAAAGCCUCGCACCGCCCGCUCCAUCUUCCAGCCCAAAACCCCGGCCUGCUUUGCUGCCCCAGUGCCUGUGCUGUCUCCAAACCAUGGUGCCCAGAAAAAGCAGGGUGGUGCCUUCCUGACCCCGUCAGACUUUGCCGACCGCAGCAGCUACGUAGAAUACGUGCAGGCGCACCUGGUGCGCGGCAUGCGGGUGCGCUUGCUGGAGGACUGCGGUGAGGUUCGAGCUGGGGAGGAAGGCGAGUUUCUUCACAGCACUAACAGGAUGCACGCAGCGCAGGUUUUGUGGCAGUCAACAGGUCGGACCUACUGGAUGCAUUGGCACAUGUUGGAGAUUAUUGGCUUUGGAGACCAGCGGGAUGACCCUGCUGGUCAGGAAAAAGAAUACAAUCUGAUAGAGAGCUUCAAUCUAGACAAAGUCGCGCAGCCGUUCUUCUCCAAGCCCCUGGGGGGGCUGUACUCCCUGCCGUACCUGGGGGAGCAGCCGAGCAAGGCUGCGGAGACGCUGAGCCGUGCCGAGUGGUGGGAGCUGCUCUUCUUCGUGAAGCAGCUGGAAGCGCAGGAGCAGGAGGAGAUCGCCGGCCUCGUCCAGCGGGAGCAGGCAGAGCAGCUGCCGGGGCCGGACGAGGAGGCCCUGAUCCGGCUGCCGGUGCCCGUGGGGCUGGCCCGGAAGGUGCUGCGGGUCCUGGAGGAGCGGAGCCGGGGCAGCGCCCGGGGCCACCUGCGCGGCUCCCGCGUCUACGGCAAAUGCUGGCCGGGCAGGGGGGCCGAGCGGGACGGCGGGGGCAGCCCCGCGGCGUCCUCGGAGGGUGCCGGCUGCGGGAGCGCCGGCCCUGGAGCCGCGCCGGCCGAGGCAGCGAAGGACGAGGACGGCGUCUGCGCGGUGCUCGAGUCGGAUGCCCAGCUGUUCGGCGAGCUGCUGGAGAGGGAAGGGCUGCGCUUCCCGGCGGCGGCGGAGAGCAGAGCGUGCGGCAGCUGCGAGGGGGCGAGCAGCAGGGGCUCGCUGGAGGAGGUGGCGCAGGUGGCGGAGGCGAUCCGGAGCAGCGGCUGCGAGGCGGAGCUGCGCGUGGCUGGGCUGCAGCACAUGGUGAGGGUCCUGCAGGAGGAGCCGGAGCCGGAGCGGCAGGAGGGCGGCGAGGCCCGGGGCGGGCCGGGGACCAGGGAGAAGCUGGUGAAGGCGGCGGUGGAGCUGCUGAGCGCCGAGGCGGCCGAGAAGCGCCUGGUGGUGCUGGCGCUGCGGCUGGUGGCCCUGCUGAUGGAGAGGCGCGACUGGCGCGUGCCCUUCGCCAUGGAGGGCGGCGUGCGGGCCGUGCUGGCCUGCAUGCGGCAGCACGCCGCCUCCGCCCUGGUGCAGCAGGCGGGCCUGGCGGCCCUGAAGGUGCUGGUGGGAGCCGGGGCCGGCGAGCCCGGAGGUGCCGUCGGGAAGCCCUCGCCCCUGAGCCACGGCGACGCGCAGCUGAUGCGGGAGGUCUUCGCCAGCAUCGGCUCCGCCUGCGGCGAGGGCUCGCCGGGCCUGCUGAGCGCCAUCCCCGCCGCCGUGCGCGCCAUGCGGAGCGUCCCGGGGGGCUCCUCGGGCGUGCGGAACGGCUUGCUGGUGCUGAAGAUGCUGGUGGACGGCCACCGGGGCCUGGCGGAGCGGCUGGUGAGCGGCGAGCUCCCCGCGCUGCUGCAGAGCUGCUGGCGGGACGGGCAGGGCGCCGGCGGCCCCACCGCGCUGCUGGCCCUCGGCGUGAUCAACUGCCUGGCGGAGCACCGGCUGCCCCUGGGCCCCGAGACCCCAGGCGCGGAGGCGCUGCUGGAGGCGAGGGAGCCCGCGGGCGGCCCGGGGGACGGCGCCUUGUCCGAGGACGUGGUGGUGGCCCUGGAGCGGCAGCUCUGCGGCGGGGGCCCCGUCCCCUCCGGCGAGGCGUCCCCGCGGCCGCAGGAGCGCCGGUGCUUCCAAAUGCUGCUGCGCAGCCUGGAGCUGCUGGGGGCCGAGAAGACCGUCGGCCUGCGGAUCCUCAGGAUCCUGAACAAGUUCCUGGACGGUUACCGGGAGGACGCGCUGCCCUGGCACGAGUGCGUGGAGCCCUGCUUGUCCUCCCUGAGCACCCACGGCAGCGACCGGGAGGUGGUGCAGGAGGUCGUCGGCUUCCUGCACCGCCUGGCCGCCGCCAGCAAGGACUGCGCGGUGGCCAUGUGCCGCGCGGGCGCCCACGAGGCCCUGGCCAAAGCCCUGGAGAAACACAGCUCGGCCGUGCCGACGGCGCCGGCCCUGCUGGAGCUGCUGAGCGACUGCGAGAAGUUCGCCGGCCUCCACAGGACGCUGACGGGCAGCGUCUUGGCUGGCUGCAUCCAGCUGGUGCUGGGGCAGAUCGAGGAGCACCGCCGGAGCCAGCGGCCCAUCAGCAUCCCCUUCUUUGACGUCUUUCUGCGCAACCUGUGCCGAGGCUCCAGCGUGGAGGUGAAGGAGGACAAGUGCUGGGAGAAGGUGCAGGUCUCCUCCAACCCGCACCGCGCCGGCAAGCUCACGGACAGGAACCCCAAGACCUACUGGGAGUCGAACGGCAGCACCGGCUCCCACUUCAUCACUGUGCACAUGCAGUGCGGGGUGGUGGUCAGGGAGAUGAGCAUGCUGGUGGCCAGCGAGGACUCGAGCUACAUGCCGGCCCGCGUGGUGGUGCUGGGGGGAGACAGCCCUGCCGCCAUCGGGACGGUGCUCAACGCCGUGACCGUGCUGCCCUCGGCCAGCAGGGUGGUGCUGCUGAAGAACAUGACGCGCUUCUGGCCCGUCAUCCAGAUCCGGGUGAAGCGGUGCCAGCAGGGCGGCAUCGACACGCGUGUGCGCGGCAUCGAGGUGCUGGGGCCCAAGCCCACCUUCUGGCCCGUCUUCAGGGAGCAGCUGUGCCGGCGGACGUUCCUCUGCUGCACCGCCCGGGCGCUCGCCUGGUGCCAGGAGAUCCGCCGGGACCGGGGGCGGCUGCUGCAGCUCUUCGGCAAGCUGAACCGGGCGCUGCGGCACGAGCAAGACUUCGCCGAGCGCUUCCUUCCUGACGACGAGGCGGCCCGGGCCUUGGGCAGGACGUGCUGGGAGGCCCUGGUGAGCCCCUUGGUGCAGAGCAUCACCAGCCCAGACCCCAGCGGCGUCAGCCCCCUGGCCUGGCUGCUGAGCGAGUACCUGGGGCGCGGGGAGCCGCCCCAGCGCCCCCCGGCCCGCGGCGCCGCCUUUGGCUCCUGCGUGCGGCUCCUGACCCAGCUCCUGGUGCACGUGGACCCUGGCGGCGUGGAGCUGGAGGAGGCGAGGGCGGCGGGCGGGCAGGAGGGCAGGAACAAGGAGGCGCCGCCCAGGGUGGCGGCGGCGGCGCAGAAGCCGAGCGGCCUGUGGGGCAUCGCGCAGUGCUGGCGCGGCGUGGUGCAGCAGCAGGUGCAGCGGUUCCUGGAGGCGGCGGGGCAGGCGCCAGAUGUGGUGGAGCGAUACUGCGGGCUGUACCGGCGCCUGCGCGGCGCCACGGAGGAGCUCUUUGGGCAGCAGGCUGCCUUCGUGGUGGCCCUGGGCCAGGGCUUCGCGGGGGCGUUGCUGCAGCUCUCCUUCCUCACCGCCCUGCACGCGAGCGAGCAGUUUGCCCGCUACCUCGACGGGAAGAUGCAGGAGCUCCACGGGGCCGCGGGCAGCACGGGGCUGCUGCAGCAGAUCCUGGAGCCCUUCGUCGUCUUCAGCGGCCUGGAGUUCGCCCACACCUUCGAGCACUUCUACCGGCUGUACCUGGGGGACCGGCUCCUGGCGCAGGGCCCCUCGUGGCUGGAAGGGGCCGUCCUGGAGCAGAUCGGGCUGUGCUUCCCCCGCCGCUUCCCCCAGGAGAUGCUGAGCGACUUGGCCGAGUCGGAGGAGCUCCGGCAGCAGUUUCGCCUCUUCCAGCUGCAGGAGCGGGACAAGCGGCUGCUGGAGCUGGGCGCGGGCCCGGAGAGCCCCGAGGACGAGGCGCCGGGGGAGGCCUCGGCGGCGGACGCUCCGGAGGUGACGGUGCUGGCCCUGUCCCCGCGCUGCUGGCCCGUGUCCCCGCUGUGCCACAUGGACGAGCCCGGGAGGUUUUUCCCGGCGGCGCUGAGCUCCCCGCUGGGCGACUUCGCCGCCUUCUGCGGGCAGAGCCAGAGCCAGCGGGGCUGGGCGCGCACGAGGCCCCGGCGGCUGCAGUGGACGUGGCUGGGCCGUGCCGAGCUGCGGUUCGGAGACUGCGUCCUGCACGUGUCCACGCUGCAGAUGUACGUCCUGCUGCGCUUCAACGGCGCCGAGGAGGUGGCCGUGGAGUCCCUGCUGCAGGCCACGGGGCUCCCUGCAGAGCUGCUGCAGCAGGCGCUGGCACCGCUGACCGAGGGCGAGGGUGUCCUGGUGCGGAGCUGCGCGCUGGGGGCUCCAGGUGCCCUGCGGCUGAACCGGGCGGCCCUGGCCCAAGCCUCCGGCCGCCACCUGAGGCUGCUGCCCCGGCAGAGGUACCUGCGGGCAGAGAGGGCUGAGAGCGGCGCCCUGGAGAGGAAGAGGAACGUCCUCUGCUGCCUCAUCACCCGCAUCCUCAAGGCGGAGAAGCAGCUGCACAUCGACAACCUGGUGUUCAGGGUGAUCGAUGCCUGUCAGAAGGGUGAGCUGGGGCCGGGGCUGCAGUUCCUGAGCUUCUGCUGCCACAGCGUGGACGUGCUGUCCUGCGUCCUGCACCUGCUGAACCAGGGCUACCUGCGGCGCCAGGAAGGGAGGCCCCACGUCCUGGAGUACGUCCCUGCUGAGUCCCCACCGCCCCCCACCUCCCAGGCCCAGCCCCAAGUUGCCUUCCAGACUGUAGAGAUCAAGACAGGUGCAAGCCCAGCCGCUGCUGAAAGGAGACAGACUUUCUCCACCUUCAGGUAGAUAAGGACCAGGCUGGGCCAGCAGGACGGAGGCUGGGCCCAGCCCUUCGUGAGGACUUCCAUUUUGAAUAGAUGAGCCAAGCUGCACCCAGUCCCUGCGGCUGAUCUGUCAGAGAGCUGCAGCUGGCCCCUGGGGUGGAGGUGGUGGGCUUACGCCUCUGGUUUCCACCUCCCUGAGGUGGCCCUGCUUGCUGGAGAGGUGCUGGUUGCCACCUUCAUGCUGUUUUGUUCUUGCUGAGCCGUGCCCUUGGGCAUGGAGGGAGCCG